AUGGAGAGAGCUGAAUCUGCUAACAAGCGUAAGAGAUCGAGAGAGGAGAGAACUCCACCUAAUAAGAAUGAUGAGGAUAUCACGGACCCUUCUUCUGAUGAGGGAAGUUCAAUGGGUGAGGAUGAGGCUGUAGAUGGUUCAAAUGACGAGGAGCUGAGAUCGGAUGAAGAAUUUGAAGAAGAAAAUCCAGCCGAUAAACGUAGAAGAUUGGCUAAACAAUAUUUGGAGAAUUUGAAAACAGAAGCAAAUGAUAUUGUCACGAAGUCAGUACAAGAUGACACAAGUGAUAAAUACACACAAAUUGACGAUUAUAAUAACUUUAAUGCAGAAGAUUUAGACAGAGAGAUUAUUGCUACUAGAUUAAAACAAGAUGUCGCUGAACAACAAGGUCGUGUUUAUAGAUUCAUUGCUGAUAAAUUGUUGAUUUCUGAAGCUAAAACGUCAUUUACCAGAGUAGGGGAAAAUGGGUUGACUAGUUUAAGUUGUCACCAGCCAAUUGCUAAUAGAUUUGAGCUUAAUGAUCGUAUUGUUAACAAUAAGAAUGCUAAUAAAAUAUUCGCGUAUACUGUCAGUAAAGAUCUACAAUUAACUAAGUAUGAUAUAUCUGAUUUUACACAAAGACCAAAAAAGUUAAAUAAUGUUAGAGGUGGUAAAAAAUUUGUUCCCGAAAGUAAUCUUGGUUUCGAAAAUACCACUGAAGGUCAUUAUGAUGAAAUAUUAACCGUUGCAGCCUCGUCUGAUGGUAGAUAUGUGGUAACAGGUGGCAAAGAUAAAAAACUAAUUGUUUGGAGCACUGAAUCAUUAGCCCCAGUCAAAGUCAUUCCAACAAAGUCCAAUAAAGGUGAAGUAAUGUCUAUCAUAUUUAGAAAAGGUACCGAUCAAUUAUACGCUGCAUGUGCAGAUUUUAAAGUUAGAACAUACUCUAUAAAUCAAUUUUCUCAACUAGAAACUUUAUAUGGUCAUCAUGAUUUAGUAAUUGAUAUUUCUGCUUUGAGUUUAGAAAGAUGUGUUACCGUGGGUGCUCGUGAUAGAACUGCUAUGCUUUGGAAAAUUCCUGAUGAAACCAGACUAACAUUCAGAGGUGGUGAAGAUACUAAUAAAUUAUUCAAAAAAUGGAUGAACCAAAAUGCAACUGAAAAACAAGAUGGUACCAUAGAGUAUCCGGAUGAAUCAGAAGCUCCAGUCUUUUAUGGUGAGGGUAGUAUUGACGUGGUAUCUAUGAUUGAUGACUCUCAUUUCGUAACAGGCUCAGACAAUGGUAACUUAUGUCUAUGGUCAUUAGCAAAGAAAAAACCAUUAUUUAUAGAAAGAGCUGCACAUGGUAUUCUUCCAAUUCCAGACGAUAAACAGGUCUCAGGUGAGGCUAGUGAAGAAAUCAGAAAAGCACAAAUGCAAAAUAACAAAAUAACAAAACCAUAUUGGAUUACUUCGGUCCAUGCCAUUCCAUAUUCAAAUAUAUUCAUUUCUGGUUCUUGGAAUGGAUCUUUGAAAGUUUGGAAAUUAAAUGAAAACUUGAGAGAAUUUUCAUUACUUGGUGAAUUGAAUAAUUGUAAAGGUGUAGUGACGAAAAUACAAGCAGUAGAAAGUGGAAAGCAUGGUAGAGAAACCUUCCGUAUUCUAGCAACAGUUGCCAAGGAACACAAAUUAGGUAGAUGGAUAGAUCAUGUUCCAGGAGCCAGAAACGGUAUUUAUUCCGCUACAGUUGAACAGACGUCAUUUUAA